AUGCAAUGGCUUCAAAAAAUCAGCUAUUUAAUAAUUAUUAUAUGAUGAAGAAGAAAUUCUUCAAGCCAAGGUGUAUGAAUGAGGUUGGGUAUGCAUGCAAAUUCUCUUUUCCUAAGGCUUUAUUGUGCGGAGAGCAUAUUUAGGAGCAUGCAAACUUGCCUAGUAGAGCUCAUAAUCUUGAAUCAAUUUUUAUGCAGGACAAAAGAUGCAAUUCUUGAAUUCAUUACAAAAGAAAACACAAAAUGUAGCGAGUUGAGAAGAAAUAUUAUAGAUCCUUUAGCCAGCGUCUUCCUAAUCAAAGAAAGAUUUAGGAGAUUUCAAAAGAAAGUUGGAUUGCUACCCAGAUGAAAUAAGUGAUUUCUUUGCAAAAUUUCGCAAGCUUCAAAAUUAUUAAAGUCAGAACAAGAUCCUAUUUUAGGAUUAUUGAGUUUAUCUCAACUAAAUAGAGAAAACAAAAAAAUCCGCCUGAUUCCUUAG